AUGUCUUCCUUUACUGUUUCAGAGAGUGUAACGGGCACCAUUCUAGUAGUUCUAUUAGGAGCUAUGAUACUACAAGUGUGGUCUUUAGCACCAACAACCAUGCUAAGUGCCUCGACCACCACCAAGCCUGGCUGCCUACGGAAAUGUGGCAACUUAACCAUUCCAUACCCUUUUGGUGUCGGUUUUAGUGCCGGUUGCUCGAGAAGCAUGUGGUACGACAUCUUCUGCAUGGAUUCUUCUAAUGGUGGCCCACCAAGAGCGAUGAUACCUUGGUUAAAAGACGGACGUGAUAAUGCCAUGGAAAUUCUGGAGAUUACCGAAACACAAAUCCGUCUUAAAAAUCAAGUAGCUUACAGGUGUCUCAACUCGACUGCGGAUACUCCUUCACAUUUCCGGUCCUUUGAAUUCUUCAACUCGAGUGCCCCCUUUGUCUUGUCGAGCAAGUCAAACAAGCUUUUUGUCAUAGGGUGCCACGACUUAUCCAGGUUUUACGAUAGAUCUGAUGAUGUCAUCCGUUCUUGUACUGCUAAAUGCAAAGCCGAGGCUACCAAUGUUGUUGCAGGCGAAUGUCAGGGUAUCGGAUGUUGUCAAGACAUUAUUCCAACGGGAAUGAGGUCCUUUUCAGUGACUUUAGAUCAAGUACAAACAAACAAUACUUCUACUAUCUUCAACCAGCCUUGUGGGUACGCAUUUGUUGGUGAUCAAGAAAAGUUCAAAUUUCGCGGGGCGGUAGACUUCGAUGAUCCAAAUUUUGUUAAAAGAAUAAUAACUGAUGUCCCUAUGGUGCUAGAUUGGGUAGUAGGCGAUCAUAAGUGUGCUCAAGCUCAACAAGAUCGGGCCUCCUACGCGUGUCAGCAGAAUACAACAUGUACGGAUGCAACCGAGAGUGGAAUCGGAGGAUAUCGUUGUAGUUGUCGUCCGGGUUAUCAAGGCAAUCCGUAUCUUACUCCAGGUUGCUCAGAUGUAAAUGAAUGCGAGGAUCCAAGUAAUAGUCCAUGCUAUAACAGUUGUAUCAAUACUCAGGGAAACUACACUUGUUCUUGCCCGUCUGGACAUUCUGGUGAUGGUAGAAAAGAUGGCACUGGUUGCAAUCCACACUUUCCUGUCUUGAAGUUUGCCUUGGGUAUAGGCUUUGGCACUCUUUUUUUGCUCAUUGGUAUUAGUUGGUUGUGCUUGGCAAUCAGAAAAAGAAGGGGAAUAAAAAGGAAGGAAAUUUUCUUUCAAAAAAAUGGAGGACAGCUUUUGAAGCAACUAAUUUCCUCAAAUAAAGAAGAUGACAUGGAGCAAAUAAAGGUAUUUACUAUGAGAGAGUUGAAGGUAGCAACUCAAAACUUCAGUGAAAAGUCUAUUGUUGGUCAAGGAGGAUAUGGUACGGUCUACAUGGGUGUUUUGCCAAACAAUGAAACAGUAGCGGUUAAGAAAUCAAAGUUUAUGGACCAAAGUCAAAUUGAGCAAUUUAUAAAUGAAUUGGUCAUUCUUGCACGAACAAGACAUCCUAAUGUUGUAAGACUUUUAGGAUGUUGCUUGGAGGCAGAAGUCCCGUUGUUGGUUUAUGAAUUUAUCUCUAAUGGUACACUCUAUGACCAUAUUAAUCGCACAGAGGAACCCUCUUGGUAUUGUUGGACCAACUGUCUGCGGAUUGCCACAGAGUCGGCUAACGCAUUUGCAUACUUACAUUCGAUACCCAUAAUUCAUCGAGACAUCAAGUCUGCGAAUAUUUUACUUGAUGAUAGCUAUAUAACAAAAGUUUCCGAUUUUGGUGCUUCAAGACUGAUUCCGUUAAAUGAUACACAUUUAUCCACCGUAGUGCAAGGUACCCUAGGAUAUCUUGACCCGGAGUACUUUUAUUCAAGUCAAUUGACGGAGAAAAGUGAUGUUUAUAGUUAUGGUGUAGUUCUCACUGAACUCUUAACGAGGGCAAGACCUAUCUUAAUAGAUACUCGAAAUGAAGAAAGGAGUUACAAUUUGGCUGCAUAUUUUGUCAAGGGCAUGGAAGAGGGGAAUUUAUUCAACAUUUUGGACUCUAAAUUGGUUGCAGAAGCAUCUCAAGAGCAACUCUUCUCAAUUGCAAAGCUUGUCCAAAAGUGCUUAAGUGUUAAGGGUGAAGACAGACCAACAAUGAAAAAAGUUGCAACGGAGCUAGAAGAAUUAUGGACACUGCAGUCGCAGACGGCAUAG